AUGCAGAUGAGCCCUGUGGUACCAAACCUGUAUAUGGAGAAGUCCAGAGUACUGAGACGGGGGCUGGAGUUGGUCAGUUCACGUAACAUCUCCCUUCCUUCUGCAGAGGUUAACCUGACAGCUACAGUUGCUAAAGUGAUUGACAAAUUUGAGGAUGAAACUGCAGAUGACAUUUUCCCUGUUGGCAAUAUACGAAAAAAAGCUUCAGCCUCUCUCUUGGAAGCUGAUGAAAGGUACAGUGGGAAAGCGACAUCUCGCAAAGCCUUGCAAGAAGAACUCUGGGGAGAUGCUCUGUCCGAAGAAGGAUCUGCUGAAGAAGCAUUAGAUGAAUGGUACAGUGGCAGUGAAGAUUCAGAAGAGAAUGGCAGCUUAGGCACUAAACCAAAGGAGAAGCCCAGCAGUGCUGGCAGUGACCAGGAGGAUGACUUGGAAGAUGAUGAAGAGACAGAUCUGUCUGUCACGGCCAAGGCACCAAAGUUCAGUUGCCAUAAUAUCACAGACUUUGACAAAUUUACAGAGGGGAUGGAUGAUGUAGGAAGCAGUGAGGGAGAAGAUGAAGAUCAUGCCAGUGUGGAAGAAGGAAGUGAUGAGGAGGAAUAUGGGAGUGAAAAUCAUGACAAUGUAAAGGAAAUCAAAGACAAUGAAGACGAUGGGGGUGUGAUGACAUUCUCAAAAGGGCAAGAGGCUGAAGAAGUAGAAAAAGGAAAAGCUGUGAAGAACCAGCUAGCACUGUGGGAUCAACUGUUGGAAGGGAGAAUCAAGAUGCAGAAGGCCCUCGUAACAGUCAACCGGCUUCCACAGCCAGAUACUUACCCAAUCUUCAGAAAGGAAGGUGGACAAGAAUUUGACAAUGCUGUCGAGAACUGCUGUAAAGCCCUGGAGGCAUUGCUGAAAGUAUUAGUGGAACUUCAGGAUGAGCUACUUUAUCAAUACCCGGGCACAAGGCAUCUGGUGGAUGGAAAGCAAUCAAAAACUGAGAGCGAUGAUGAAAUCCCUAGCAGUAGCGAUGAAGAGCAAGUGGAUAAGGCUCAGGAGAAGAGGAGGAGCCUCCCCAAACGAAAGCUAAAGAUGGAGGACUACCCAGAAUUCAUAGCCAAGCGGUAUGCUGACUUCAGGACGUAUCGGAACAAUGUCUUGCAGAAGUGGCAUGACAAGACAAAGCUGGCAUCUGGCAAAAUGGGAAAGGGUUUCGGUGCCUUUGAGCGUUCAAUCUUGACUCAGAUUGAUCAUAUUAUGAUGGACAAAGAGAGAUUACUACGGCGGACACAGACCAAGCGAUCAGUGUAUACAGUGCUGGGAAAGCAGGAACAGGAAUCUCAUCCGGUCCCUGAAUCUUUGCCUGAAAAUUCGGAAGUCCUCCCUCAGUCAGAUUCCAACAGGCACCUGAAGGACAUAGAUGAGGAGAUAUUUGAUGAUGAUGACUUUUAUCACCAGCUCCUUCGGGAACUUAUAGAACGUAAAACCACUUCAUUGGACCCCAAUGACCAGGUAGCAAUGGGCAGGCAAUGGCUGGCCAUCCAGAAGUUACGAAGCAAAAUAAAGAAGAAAGUGGACAGAAAAGCCAGUAAAGGAAGGAGAAUCCGGUAUCAUGUCCAUAGCAAGCUGGUGAGCUUCAUGGCACCUAUUGACCACUGUACAAUGAAUGAUGAUGCCAGGUGA